AUGGAACAACUUUCGCUCCUGCGCAAAAUUCCGGUGGAGCAAAAACACACCUCGGACUACAACGGCACAAAAAGCUUUCGAAAACAAGAAGAACAGAGUAAAAGCAGCGAGAUAUUAGCUGCUUUUGCUCACAUCACACGAAAAAUGGUUGCCGCGAUCAACUACACCGCCGCGUCUGUUCGCUGGACGCUUUUUUUCGCAUUCUUCCUCCUCCACGUCGGUAUUGGCCAGGUGAGCUGCUUUCAGCUAAAGAAGGCUGCAGCUGCGUCUCCUUCCUCCUCCAGCGGGAACCAAAAUCCGCAACAGCGGGGGUCCCCGGGGUUGCGUCCGGUGCGAGAAAGUAGCAGUCACAUCCGGUUUCCGCCACUGGAGGCGGAGGGCGCGGGGGCGGCCGCUUCCAGCCGGGACCAGAACAUUGCCAUGCUCAUCCACAACAUCGAGCGCAUGCGGCUUUCCACUAGUAACCCGGGGCACCUGCUGCACCAAAACGCAGGAGGUACUAUCGUCGGCGGAGUUGGUGGUGGUCUGCGACGUGCCGCCGGAGCAGGUCUGCGGCGCAACGAGCGCAGCUUCGGGUCCAUGAACAGCAUGAGCAGUUGUAUUGCCAGCAGCGGAAGUAGCUCCACUCACGCGCCGGCGAACCUCCGCACCGGCGGGGUACUAGUUCGGGGCGCGGGCGUCCUCGCGCACGAACCGAUCGGAGCCCCGCAGCCGGCGGGCGCCCGACAGGCACGUCAGUCGCCGCGCCGCGUCCGCCAAGUGCCGAGGGGAAAUUAUAACCAGGCAAUAAAUCCGCC